GAAGACAUCUGGCACUCAUUUCUGAUGUUCCGUUUAUGUAUGGUAAUGUGAUGAUUUUUACUGCUUCGUUCGGUUUCUUGUUGCUUUUGUCAGUUUGUGUUUUGCUUUGUAUUUUGUUUAUAGUUUUGUUUAUGAAGUUUCUAGGGUAUUUACAUGUUAUAAAUGGCAACACGAAUCCAAUAUAAAAACAUUGCCCAGUUUCGUAACGAAUCCGUAAUCUAUUGCCCUAGUGUGAAUAAAACAACGUCAGAAUGAAAAACUAAAUCAUUGUUAUAUUGUAUAGGUAAAAAGCUAGAAACUAAUAAUGGUACAUGAAAAAAUUUUAAGUUAUUCUGCUUUUUGUGGUAACGAAACAUAUGCUAUAACGCCAGAGAUGUUUUGACAGCUCGAUCGCUAAAAUCUUGUGGCAAUUAAUUCCACCGGCAAGUUUUCGUUUGGUCAAGUUAGCCAGAUUGUGGCAGAAAUGAACGUCACAGUAAACAAAACAGAGUCAUAUGGUCAUGAGGAAACAAUCGCAUCAAUGGCCAUGUCAAUGAUGGGUGUCGUAAACAACAGUCUUCUUAUCAUUGUUAUUCUGGUGGAUCCUCUUCGUAUUAUAAGACGAGGACCAUGGAUAACUAUUCUUAGCUUAGCCUCAGCCGAUUUUAUUGCUUCUCUUUCAAAGUUCUUCACACUUGGAUUAACAGCGGAGUUUGGUAUCGAAGUGUCAAAUGAAAUCAAGUCUGCUUGUUUAUACGUGUGGAUGCUUGGAGCGGCAGGCUCAUUUUUUCACUUGACAUCACUUACAUGGCAAACCCUUGCCACUGCCAAAUAUCCUAUACGUAGUCGACAAAUGUUAUCUACGAGGAAAGUUAUCAUCCUAUGCAUAACAUUGUGGUUUGUGGCCAGUUGCAUUGCUUUAGGAGAAAUUUCACAUGAAAUUUUCGAUAUUUCGUUCGAGCAGGUGAUGCAUAUCUAUAUAACGGAAUAUGCCGUUUUAGAAUUUGCUGUUUUCCUCCAGAUUAUCAUGAAGUGUUUUAUCAUCAAGGAAGUAAUGCUAAGUCGACCAAAUGCAAAUAUGAAUGGGCAACAACAGAACAGUAAACACCUCGAAAUUGCAAAGACAAUCGUCAUUCUGAAUAUAGUUUUAUUUGUAACUGCCUUUCCAUAUUUUGUCGCCAAACAAGUGGAAUUCAUGAAGAGAUUAGGGAAAAUACAGAGCAGCUAUGCUCGACACUUUGCAGUGCACUAUGAACCAGUUGCUUUGUUGAAUUUUGCUCUCAAUCCAAUCGUAUACGCACUUAGGCUUAAGAAUUAUCGCAAUAGUCUUAAAUCGUUUUUUAGAUAUUUUCGAAAUUCGAGAUCUAAUCUCAAUUUUCUGAACUAUGCAUCUGUUUCUAGAAGAAACGCAGCAGAUGUGUAGAUAAAAUGCAAGAUGGCCAAUGGUGACGACAUAUUCGGUAAACUGCAAUAAUUGCCCAUUGAUUCUUCAUUCAACAUUUAUAAACUUGUGUGACAAAGCUGCACGAUAUCAACUUGUUAAGUAUUUAAAAGUAGAGAAUACAUGUAGAUAGAAAGGAGUUCCCUUAUAAAAAUUACGUAUCCACAAAGAUAUAAAUUGUUGUGGUACGUGGACCGGACUCAAUUCAUUCAACUAAAUCAACAACACAAUCAACUAAAUCAUUACACUUUACACUAAUACACAAUUACAAUACACAAUUGACACCCACACAUUACAGCUAACAUUAUCACCAACCUGGACGAUAUACAUUUAGAAAUAUGUAACUCAAUUUAUUCCUCGCAUAAAAACUAGAAAUAGAAGCUUCAACGCAAUAUUUUAUGGCUAAAAUGAUAAAAAAAUUUGACGUUUCA